GACGGGACGGGGCGAGACCGGUCCUGCGACGCCACGGGCUACAGUCAGCGGGAAGCGAAGCUGUGUUUGGGGGAGAUCACGGCAGAAGGAGCAGCCAUAGAGCGCUGGGCUCGUUCACCUCGCAGGGACCGGCGCACCCUCGUGUGCACUUGCGCAGAAGGAAGACUACGAUUGGCUUGUGGGACGCUCUCAUUUUCUUGUCGCGACCAAUCCGGACGCGCCGGGGGCGGGUCUUAGCGCUCUGACAGUCUGCGUUUCGGCGCGCAUUUCUUCCAGCGAUGGAGUCGGAGCUGGUGCGGCGCCUCGCCCCGCGCCUCGGUCUUGCCGAGCCGGGUGUCCUGAGGAAAGCUGAAGAGUACUUGCGGCUGUCCAAGGUGAAGUGCACGGGUCUGUCUGCACACAGCUCGGAAACCAGCAGUGCUGUCAUAUGCCUCGACCUUGCUGCUGCCUGCAUGGAGUGCCCCUUGGAUAGAGCUUAUUUAAUUAAGCUGUCUGGCUUGAACAAGAAGAUGUAUCAGAGCUGCCUUAAAUCUUUUGAGUGUUUACUGGGAUUAAAUUCAAAUAUUGGAAUUAGAGACCUAGCUGUACAGUUCGGCUGCACAGAAGCAGUGAACAUGGCUUCAAAGAUACUGCAAAGCUAUGAGUCUAGUCUUGCGGAAACACAGCGAGCAGAUCUCGACUUGUCCAGGCCGCUCUUCACCACUGCUGCGCUACUUUCAGCGUGCAAAAUCCUGAAGCUAAAAGUGGAUAAAACGAAAAUGAUAACUACAUCCGGUGUGAAAAAAGCAAUAUUUGAUCGUCUUUGUAAGCAGUUAGAGAAGACUGGGCAGCAGAUUAACAGAGACUCUGGAGAUUUAACGAGUCCAGCACUGAAAAAAAAGAAGAUAUUGAUUGAACCACCAUCAAAAGAACUCGAAGACGUAAUAGAAACCCCACAUAAACCACCAAAAGAUGAAAGUCUGACACAGGAUUAUGAAGAAUGGAAAAGGAAGAUUUUGGAAAAUGCUGCCAAAGCUCAAACAGCAACAGCAGAGUGAUUUCCAUUCCACUGUCGUCCUGUGCAGUGUGGAAGAUGAAGGGCAGUCUUGUCUAAACUUGCAUACCAGGAAUGCUGAGGAUUGUCUCAAUAUGGAGGACACUAGUACUAGGCACCUCACAUGGAACUAGAUCACCAUGCCACCUCCAUAGACUCAGGUCUGUCUCCUCCUGUGGGAUGGAUUGGGACCAUUUGCUUCUCUGUUAAGCUUAAGGAAGUCUCUGACUUCAUCUAGAAUGUACAUUUCAAGCCGAAAGGCGGAACAGAUAUUUUACCUGCUUUUGUGAUUUUCUUUUUAUUUUAUUUCACUAAAUCAGUGUUAUACAGCCUAAGUUAAUAAAUGUUUAUUUUUUUUAA